GCAGAACCAUCUUGCUCCUACCCCUGACAGAUUCUCUCGUCCAGGUCACUGGGAUGACAAGAAUUCCAAGCGGACCCUCACUGACCAUGCUGUCUCGAGUGAUACUUUCCGCUGCUGCUGCAGCAGGACCUUGUCUAAAGAAUGCAGCCAUCCUUGGGCCAGGGGCAUGGCAGGCAACAAGGAUCUUCCACACUAGAUAGCCAAGUCUUGCCCCUGUACCACCUCUUCAAGAAUAUGGAAGAAAAGUUCACCACAGGCUGAUCCCUGAGGAAUUCUUCCAGUCCCUUUAUCCUAAAACCAGUGUAAGAGGACCCUAUGUGCUCAGAACCGGGCUUAUCCUACAUUUCCUGUUCAAAGAAAUAUACAUGGUCACUCCAGAGACCAUUUCUGCCAUAUCAACCAUAGGGCUGCUUGUCUUUAUGGUUAAAAAAUACAGCACCUCUAUUGGGAAGUUUGUUGAUAAACUCAAUGAGCAAAAAAUCCCCCAACCAGAAGUAAAGCAGGCUUCCAUCAAAGAUAUCCAGGAUGCAAUUGAUCUGGAGAAGUCCCAGCAGGCACUGGUUCAAAAGUGCCAUUAUCUUUUCAAUGUCCAGAGGAAUAACAUUGCUAUGGCUUUGGAGGUCACUUACCGGGAAAGGUUGCAUAGAGUAUACCAGGAAGUAAAGAACUACCUAGACUAUCACAUCUCAGUGCAGAACAUGAUGAUGCGUCAGAAGGAGCAAGAGCACAUGAUAAAUUGGGUGGAGAAGCCCGUGGUGCAGAGCAUCUCCACACAGCAAGAAAAGGAGACAAUUGCCAAGUGCACUGCAGAUCUAAAGCUACUUCCAAAGAAGGCCCAAGAACAGCCAGUUAUGUAAAUGAAUUGAUCUAGAUUAACACAGCUGGAAACACUUGACUGAGUAGAAGCCAGGCUGUGACAAAAGCUUCCUGUGUCACCUUCUACUGGAGUCCAGCUCACCCCACCUAAAAAUGAAAAGCACAAGUUCCAUCCAAUGGCAGAAUUAAAACAGUCUGUUGGCCAAGAACAUGUUUCUUGUCCUUCUUGCUCCACAUUUUCAAUUGUCCGAUGAUUACUUUUGAAUAAGCAGUGUGCUUGGAAUAACAUUUGUUGCCUGACGAAAGACUACCGAGUUAUCAUUUAUAUUUGUAAUUAAUUCUAUCAUCUUUACAAUAAAGUGACAGUUGAACAAGGAAAAAAA